UUUUCUCUGGGAGGCAUGGCGCGGGGGGAUGGGGAGCGGGCUGUCUGGGUGUCGCGAGGGUUUCAGCCCGGAGGGGCGCCGUGGGCAGGACCGGGUGCAGGCGUGCGGCACCCGGUUAAGCACCGAUGGAGGCUGUCAGGCUGGUGGGCCAGGCCGUGGCACCCUGGUGAUGCGGGGCGAGGCCCCCCCCACAGUCCGCUGAGAGCCCUGCCCCCGCCCCUGGCCUUCGCCAUGGCCCGCUUGGCCGCAGCACUCUGGAGCCUCUGUGUCACCACUGUCCUCGUCACCUCUGCUACCCAAGGCCUGAGUCGUGCCGGGCUCCCAUUUGGAUUGAUGCGCCGGGAGUUAGCAUGUGAAGGCUACCCCAUCGAGCUGCGGUGCCCAGGCAGCGACGUCAUCAUGGUGGAGAAUGCUAACUACGGGCGCACGGAUGACAAGAUCUGCGAUGCCGACCCUUUCCAGAUGGAGAAUGUGCAGUGCUACCUGCCCGACGCCUUCAAAAUUAUGUCACAGAGGUGCAAUAACCGAACCCAGUGUGUGGUGGUGGCCGGCUCCGACGCCUUUCCUGACCCCUGUCCUGGAACCUACAAGUACCUGGAGGUGCAGUACGACUGUGUCCCCUACAUCUUCGUGUGCCCAGGGACACUGCAGAAGGUACUGGAGCCCACCUCCACGCAUGAGUCAGAGCACCAGUCUGGUGCAUGGUGCAAGGACCCGCUGCAGGCAGGUGACCGUAUCUACGUCAUGCCCUGGAUACCCUACCGCACGGACACACUGACUGAAUAUGCCUCAUGGGAGGACUAUGUGGCUGCACGCCACACUACCACAUACCGACUGCCCAACCGUGUGGAUGGCACCGGCUUUGUAGUCUACGAUGGCGCGGUCUUCUACAACAAGGAGCGCACGCGCAACAUCGUCAAGUAUGACCUGCGGACCCGCAUCAAGAGCGGUGAGACAGUCAUCAACACAGCCAACUACCAUGACACCUCGCCUUAUCGCUGGGGAGGCAAGACCGACAUUGACCUGGCGGUGGAUGAGAAUGGGCUAUGGGUCAUUUAUGCCACCGAGGGCAACAACGGGCGCCUGGUGGUGAGCCAGCUCAACCCCUACACGCUACGCUUCGAGGGCACAUGGGAAACGGGCUACGAUAAGCGCUCGGCCUCCAACGCCUUCAUGGUAUGCGGAGUCCUUUAUGUGCUGCGCUCCGUGUAUGUGGAUGACGACAGUGAGGCGGCGGGCAACCGCGUGGACUACGCCUUCAACACCAAUGCAAACCGCGAGGAGCCAGUCAGUCUCGCUUUCCCCAACCCCUACCAGUUUGUGUCCUCCGUCGACUACAACCCCCGGGACAACCAGCUGUACGUGUGGAACAACUAUUUUGUGGUGCGCUACAGCCUGGAGUUUGGACCCCCAGACCCCAGUGCUGGCCCAGCCACUUCCCCACCUCUCAGUACCACCACCACAGCUCGGCCCACACCCCUCACCAGCACAGCCUCGCCUGCAGCUACCACCCCACUCCGUCGGGCACCCCUCACCACACACCCAGUGGGUGCCAUUAACCAGCUGGGACCUGACCUGCCUCCAGCCACAGCCCCAGCACCCAGCACCCGGCGGCCUCCAGCUCCCAAUCUGCAUGUGUCUCCUGAGCUCUUCUGUGAACCCCGAGAGGUCCGGCGGGUCCAGUGGCCAGCUACCCAACAGGGCAUGCUGGUGGAGAGGCCUUGCCCCAAGGGAACUCGAGGAAUUGCCUCAUUCCAGUGUCUCCCUGCUCUGGGACUCUGGAACCCUCGGGGCCCUGACCUCAGCAACUGCACCUCUCCCUGGGUCAACCAAGUAGCCCAGAAGAUUAAGAGCGGGGAGAACGCAGCCAACAUCGCUAGUGAGCUGGCUCGUCACACCCGGGGCUCCAUCUACGCUGGGGACGUGUCCUCGUCAGUGAAGCUGAUGGAACAGCUCUUGGACAUCCUGGAUGCCCAGCUCCAGGCCCUCCGGCCCAUUGAGCGCGAGUCAGCUGGCAAGAACUACAAUAAGAUGCACAAACGAGAGAGGACCUGCAAGGACUAUAUCAAGGCUGUGGUAGAGACAGUAGACAACCUGCUCCGGCCAGAGGCCCUUGAGUCCUGGAAAGACAUGAAUGCCACAGAACAGGUGCACACAGCCACCAUGCUCCUAGAUGUCCUGGAGGAGGGGGCCUUCCUGCUGGCCGACAAUGUCAGGGAACCCGCUCGCUUCUUGGCUGCCAAGCAGAACGUGGUCUUGGAGGUGACUGUCCUGAACACAGAGGGUCAAGUGCAAGAGUUGGUGUUCCCCCAGGAAUACCCCAGCGAGAACUCUAUCCAGCUGUCCGCCAACACCAUCAAGCAGAAUAGCCGCAAUGGUGUGGUCAAGGUUGUCUUCAUCCUCUACAACAACUUGGGCCUAUUCUUGUCCACGGAGAAUGCCACAGUGAAGCUGGCGGGCGAGGCAGGGACCGGUGGCCCUGGAGGUGCCUCCCUGGUGGUGAACUCACAGGUCAUUGCAGCAUCCAUUAAUAAGGAAUCCAGCCGCGUCUUCCUCAUGGACCCUGUCAUCUUUACUGUGGCCCACUUGGAGGCCAAGAACCACUUCAAUGCAAACUGCUCCUUCUGGAACUACUCAGAGCGCUCCAUGCUGGGCUACUGGUCAACCCAGGGCUGCCGCCUGGUGGAGUCCAAUAAGACCCAUACCACAUGUGCCUGCAGCCACCUCACCAACUUCGCAGUGCUCAUGGCUCACCGAGAGAUCUACCAGGGCCGCAUCAAUGAGCUUCUACUGUCAGUCAUCACCUGGGUUGGCAUUGUCAUCUCCCUGGUCUGUCUGUCCAUCUGCAUCUCCACCUUCUGCUUCCUGCGUGGCCUGCAGACUGACCGCAACACCAUCCACAUAAACCUCUGCAUCAACCUCUUCCUUGCGGAACUGCUCUUCCUGGUUGGGAUAGACAAGACUCAGUAUGAGGUCGCCUGCCCCAUCUUUGCGGGCCUGCUGCACUACUUUUUCCUGGCCGCCUUCUCCUGGCUGUGCCUAGAAGGUGUGCACCUCUACCUGCUGCUGGUGGAGGUGUUUGAGAGCGAGUACUCACGCACCAAGUACUAUUACCUGGGCGGCUACUGCUUCCCAGCCCUGGUGGUAGGCAUCGCAGCCCGCCAUUGACUACCGAAGCUAUGG